AUGAAUAAUAACGAGACGAGUGAGUGAUACCGUAACCGUAACCAAUUUCAUGUCAAAAUCUAUUCUGAUUUCAGAGGUUUUGGUCACCGGAGCUUCCGGUUUCAUAGGAACCCAUUGCGUGGAAGUUUUACUGAAGAACGGAUAUCGCGUUCGAGGAACUGUUAGAGAUUUGAAAAACAAAGCCAAGGCAUGGAAAACCUAAUGAACCUUAAAAGUUCAUGAUGGAGCGUAACAUUUAGGUUCAACCUGUGCGACGUCUGGACAAGAAAGAUCUCCUGGAGCUUGUGGAAGCUGAUCUUUUGGACCCAACUUGCUGGAAAAAGUAUGUGUCAAUAUAGUUUGCAAAUUAUGAUUGCAUGCCACUUCCCCGAGUUCUGCAAGAAACUACAGUAACCUUUUGCGUUUCAGAGCAGUGACCGGUUGCGAUUACGUUCUUCACGUCGCUUCUCCGUUCCCAAUCGUAUCAGACGAGCGAUGCAUUAAGACUGCCGUCGAGGUGCUUCUGAUCUUCCGCUCUUUUGAAACUUUUUUGCUCCGUCCUUUCAGGGUACAUUGAACGUUUUGAGAGCAAUUGCUGAAGACGGAAAUGUUAGAAAACUUGUGCUCACAAGCAGCUGUGCCGCCGUGAAUGGUCUGUGAAGUCUGUUCUGAUGGCCUCGUUGUCAUCAUAGUCUGUUUCAGAAGGUUACAAGCAAGACCGGGUGUUUGAUGAGACCUCUUGGUCAAAUCUCGAGAGUGAUCUGGUCGACUGUUACGUCAAGAGCAAAACUCUUGCAGAAAAAGCUGCUUGGGACUUUGUCAAGGGACUUCCAGACGACAAAAAGUAUUGUAGUAGUUAUGCAUCAACCAAAAAAAAAGUAAAUAUUUCAGAUUCCCGAUGACUGUGAUUAACCCAACACUCGUUUUCGGUCCCGCAUACAUCACAGAGCAAGGUGCUAGUAUUUCGGUAAGUUCAUUUGGUCCCUCAUUUCCAAAAGUGGGGGAUACGUAUUCGCGUAACAGAAGAUCUUAUGACGUUGUUUGCCAUGCCUCUUGUUUGCAACCCCCAUCUUCGGCGCACUACAGACGUGUUCUGUUUUAUAUUGUCAUCUGCGCGAAAUUGAUGUUGCAUUCACAUGAAAACGCCGAACGAACGAGUCGUCAAAACGUUUAUUUAUUCCAGCUGAUGCGUAAAUUCAUGAAUGGCGAGAUGCCAGCUGCACCGCCACUCAACAUGGCCAUCGUGGAUGUGCGUGAUGUCGCGCUGGCUCACUUUGAAGCGAUGCGACGUCCCGAAUCAGAUAACGAACGCAUUUUGGUAACACAAACAGAGAGAGCGAAUUGAGUGGAAGACUGAUGGCUUUUAGGUUACCAAUAGUCCGUCCAUAUGGUUCAUUGAAAUCGCCAAAAUUUUGAGAGAGGAGUUCAAAGGAAAAGGUAGCGGUGUCAGAAAGAAAAGACUGCUGAAAUAUCCACUUUUAGGAUACUGGAUUCCAUUCUUCACAGCUCCGUACUUUUUUGUCCGUCUCUACGCACUUUUCGAUCCGGAGACUAAAGCCAGUCUUCCCAGGCUCUGUCAGGAGGUCAAAUUUGAUAACUCAAAGGUUUUCCUCAAAAUUGGUCCCUCUCACCAACAUUUUCUCAAUUUCAGGUCCAACGUCUACUCGGAAUGACCAUGCGCGAUAGCAAGGACGCUCUUAUCGACAUGGCUCACUCGCUGAUCGACUUAGGCAUAAUUGAGAGAAAAUAA